AAGUAUCCUGAUUUCCACACCUUUUCUCCCAAAGCCAAACUUCAAGAUCAAGUUUUCAAAGCUACCAUCUUCCCCUCUCUCUCUCUCUCUAGACUGUACUUUUCCCCCUAUGGAAGUUUGAAACGAAAUUCAAUCAAACUUUAUGCUCUGAUUUGCAUGCCAAUCAUUUCCAAAAUCCAAAAUCUUCCCAAAAAUAUACUAAAGGCAAUAUGAGCUGCCAUGGCUGUUCAUCAUUCAUCAAUACUCCCCCAUUUUCCUCCUUUUUGCCCGCUCUCUUCCCACACUUUUUGACCGCUAUAAAAGCACCACCCACUGUACUAUAACCGGUGCCAAAUUCCCCAGAAAAAAGGAGUCAACACCCUGUUCUUCUACCCCUUUGCAUUUAGAUCUGUAAAACUUCAAUCCCUUUCAAAAAAAAAAAAAAAAAAGGUUCUUGAUCCAUGUUGAAGGUAUAGCAGUGGUGUUAUACUAUGUUUUUGGUGGCUAAAGCAUGAAUGGAUUGGAGAUGGAAGAAAUGGAGAAAACUGCAGGGUGAUCAUUGCUGAGCAGUGACCAGUAAGAGAAAGGUUCAAACUUCAAGGACUCAAGUGGGGAGAUCAGAAGAUAAAAUGGACACAAAAAGAUCAGAAAAUGGUUCAUUUUCCAGUGAGAUUCUGCAGAGAAUGGGGUCUGACAAUGGGAAAGAACUCUCGUCUUCGGCUCGAAAGUUGGUUGCUUUUUGGGAGAUCAAAGGGGCUGCUGCACUGGGGAAGGAAGAGAAUUUGCAGGAAAGAAAUGGUGGAGAAAUGGGCAGGAAAGAGAGGAGCUUGAAGUCCUCCAAACAUGGCUCUUCAAAGGCCUCUCAACUCUCUGAUCCUAUUUACAGUCCUGUUUCUGAGAGAACGGAAAGAUCUAAAGUGGAGAUGAGUCACAGAAGAAUACCUUCAUUUGGUACUCAAAAAGUUCUGCAGAAUGAUUAUUUCUUGCAGGGGGGAAAUUCUUGUGCUGUUUACCAGGAUGAUAAUAAUAAUAUGCAGCAGACUGGUGGGAGUAGUUCUCAGACCAGACAUCUGUUGAAGGAUGUUUCACACAGUCUGACAACCUCGAAACAGCUGCUGAAAGUUCUGAGCCGAGUGUGGAGCAUUGAGGAGCAGAAAACCACCUGCAUUUCCCUCUUUUCGACUCUGAAAUCCGAGCUCGAUCGAGCAUGUAUUCAAGUGACUAAACUGAUCCAAGAAAGGAGGCACAACCACAGCGAGGUCGAUGCACUGCUGAAAUGGUUCGAGGAGCAGAAGGCGGUUUGGAGGAUGAAGGAGCACUGCAAGGUUCAGAGUGCUCUUACAUCACUGGUUGGAGAGCUGAAGACCGAAAAGAGGCUGAGGAGACAGGCCGAGAGGCUGAACAAGAAGCUCGGGAGAGAGCUGUCUGACACGAAAACAUCCUUAAACAUGGCUGUCAAGGAGGUAGAGAGCCAGAAGAGGGCGAUGGAGGUGCUGGAGAGAGUGUGCGAGGAGCUAGCAAAAGGCGUGGGCGAAGACAAGGCGAAACUCGAGGAACUAAAGAAGGAAUCUGCUAAGGCUCGCGAGGAGGUCGAGAAGGAAAGGGAGAUGCUGCAAUUUGCUGAUAUAUUGAGAGAGGAAAGAGUGCAGAUGAAGCUCUCAGAAGCUAAGUAUCAAUACGAGGAGAAAACCGCAGUUCUUGAGAGGCUAAAAACUGAAAUGGAAGCCUGUUUAUCCUCCAAAAGCUGUGAAGGAAGUCUAUCCCAAUCCCCCAACAAUGAAAAGAUCAAAGCCCUCCAGAAACAUUUCAGGGAAACCCUCCCAGCCUCGGGUCAUUUUCCAGACAAAAACGAGAGGGAAGAGAGCGAUUCUGCAGACGAAGAAGACAGCGAGCUGCACUGCAUAGAACUAAACAUGGAUGAAACCAGCAAGAGCUAUGAGUGGAGGAACUCCUCAAACCCCCCAACCACUUCCCAGGAAAGAAGACAAAGCUCUGAUCCCAUAGAAUGGGAGUUCAUCAGCAAUGGUGGACUGUUUGAGAGUGGGUCAUCAGAGCCCUGGAGAAAUGAGUUUGAAGAUGAGAUUGAGAGAUAUCACAUGAUUAAGGAUCUGAGAGACCAUUUUGUUUCUGCAGCUUCCAAGAUACCACCACCCUCCCAAGAUUUUGUCACUCCAACCUAAAACAACAUCAUGAAUCAAUCACUACGCUUUCCAGUUUCCCUAGCAGGGUGAGUGCUGAUGAGUUUUGUGAUUUUAUCAGUUCAAUUUAGUAUUACUAUUCAAAGUUCCAUUUAUUUUUUUUGGGAUAAAUUGUAUAAAAAUUGCAAGUUGCUACUUGCACUUAAAAGUUUUAUAGACAUAU